AUGCAAGGGUUCGCCUUGGGGCAAAAAGCACUCGUUGAGAAGGUGGAGAAGCUUGAGCUGGCUUCGGUGGCCAAUAAUGGCAAUAGUCAAGAGGGUAAAUCCAACAAUGGUCCUGGUGGUUCUAGGGGUGGUGGCGAUCCUAGAAAGAAGGCAACUAAUGGUGGUGUAGUCAUCAACGGUGGUGGUGGUCUUGGUUUUGCUGCGGGCAGUGGCCUAGGUCAUGGUGGCAACAUUCUGAAGGAAACUCAGUUUGCUCCUUUCUUUGGGGCUGUGGAGGAUAAAGAGGAGGAUCAGUUCUCUCUGCUGAAUGAGCAGUUUGGUCAGUAUGGUGUUCAACCGCCGAACAAAGAGAUUCAGGGGACUUUUGCUGAGAGGAUGGUGGGAUGUCUAGUUACUGGUUUUGCAGAUAUAGUAGUGGCCGGUGAAAGGAUUGAAAGCUGGUUGAAAAUGGGAAAAAUACAAGGAAAUGCUCAGUCGUCUGGAGUGAAGAAGCCCUUCGGAAAUGUAUCGGCAGAUGCGGCUCCAAUUACCAUCACGGUGCCUGGACCUAUUCCGUAUGAAAAUGAUGAUGCUGUGCUGUGGGACUAUGGUGGGGAGGUGUAUUGUAAUGGAGAAAAGAGGGAAGAUCAGGCUGCAAGUUAUACCACCGUUUCAAAGGUGGAUAAUGCCGAACUUAGUGGUUUUACUCGCAGCGGGAGGUUGUUUGCGCCUGAUACGUUGAGAGGUGGGGAUGGAGAAAAAGAACAGAGAGAUAAGGCCGAGGCUUUAGCCAGGGAAAAAGGUAAACAGGUGGUGAAUGAGGGUACUCCUAGAGCGGCACCGACGCCUGUUGGACCGGAGAAUGAGCUUGAUGCUGAAGCCGAUGAGUUUUUAAGGAUUAUCAAGAAGUCUGAGCGUAAUCACAAUAAGGCAUUACACAUUUCGAUGGAGUGUAAAGGAGAAAUUCUUUCACAUGUUCUGGUUGAUACAGGCUCGUCACUCAAUGUGUUGCCUAAGAAGGCCUUGGCUAAAUUGGACUGCGAGGGGUUGAUUUUGAGGCCUACUGAUCUGGUGGUUAGAGCGUUUGAUGGAUCUAAGAGGUGUGAUUUUCCUGAUGUGUUUCCGGAAGAAGUGAAAGAAUUGCCACCAGAACGUGAAGUUGAGUUCUCGAUUGAUUUGGUACCUGUGACGAUCAAGAAUCGGUAUCCUUUACCGAGGAUUGAUGAUUUGAUGGAUCAGUUGGUUGGUGCAAGUGUGUUCAGCAAGAUAGACUUGAGAUAUGGGUAUCAUCAGAUACGUGUGAAAACUGAAGAUAUUCAGAAGACUGCUUUCAGAACAAGGUAUGGACAUUAUGAGUAUUUUGUAAUGCCUUUUGGUGUGACUAAUGCGCCUGGAGUAUUUAUGGAGUACAUGAAUAGAAUUUUCCAUCCGUAUCUAGAUCAGUUUGUGGUAGUAUUUAUUGAUGACAUUUUGGGAUUUUCCAAGUUGGCGUUACCGUUGACAAUGUUGACUAGAAAGGGGCAAGCGUUUGUUUGGGAUUCAAAAUGUGAAGAAGGUUUCCAAGAGUUAAAGAGAAGGUUAACUACUGCUCCUAUCCUGAUAUUACCGAGUUCGUCGGAACUAUUCGAGGUUUAUUGUGAUGCUUCAUUGUUGGGUUUAGGUGGUGUGUUGAUGCAGAAUAAGCAGGUUAUAGCUUAUGCUUCGAGACAGCUAAGGGUUCAUGAGAGGAACUAUCCGACGCACGAUUUAGAGUUGGCAGCUAGUUUAAAGUAUUUGUUUGAUCAGAAAGAGCUGAAUAUGAGACAGAGGAGAUGGUUAGAGUUUCUGAAGGAUUAUGACUUUGGUUUGAAUUACCAUCCGGGUAAAGCAAAUGUAGUAGCUGAUGCAUUGAGUCGGAAAGAGUGGAAGUGGGAUAGUAUCAGUAUGGAUUUUGUUUCUGGUUUGCCGAGGACAAGUAAGAAUUUCGAGGCUAUUUGGGUGAUUGUUGAUAGAUUGACGAAGUCGGCUCAUUUCAUUCCGAUCAGAAUGGAUUAUCCGUUAGAGAGACUAGCUGAGUUGUAUAUUGAGAAGAUUGUAAGUUUGCAUGGUAUUCCGUCUAGUAUUGUUUCGGACAGAGAUCCUAGAUUUACAUCGAAGUUCUGGGAAGGUUUGCAGAGAGCUUUGGGAACUAAGCUGAGAUUGAGCUCUGCAUAUCAUCCGCAGACUGAUGGUCAGACUGAGAGGACGAUUCAGUCACUGGAGGAUCUUUUGAGGGCUUGUGUUUUGGAAAAGGGAGGUGCUUGGGACUGUUAUUUGCCUUUGAUUGAGUUCACCUACAACAAUAGUUUUCAUUCGAGCAUCGGUAUGGCACCGUUUGAAGCUUUGUAUGGUAGGAGAUGUCGGACACCUUUAUGUUGGUAUGAGUCCGGUGAGGGUGCUGUGGUUGGACCGGAAAUUGUUCAACAAACUACGGAAAAGAUUAAGAUGAUUCAGGAGAAGAUGAGAAUUGCUCAGAGUCGUCAGAAGAGUUAUCAUGAUAAGAGGAGGAAGUCACUUGAGUUCCAAGAGGGAGAUCAUGUGUUUCUUCGUGUUACUCCGAUAACUGGUGUUGGUCGAGCUUUGAAGUCAAAGAAGUUGACUCCUCGAUUUAUUGGUCCUUAUCAGAUUUUGGAGAGGAUAGGAGAGGUAGCCUAUCGUAUCGCUUUGCCGCCGUCGCUUGCGAAUUUGCAUGAUGUUUUUCAUGUGUCUCAGUUGAGGAGGUACAUUCAUGAUCCGUCGCAUGUUGUCCAAGUAGAUGAUGUACAGGUGAGAGAUAACCUGACUGUUGAAACAUCACCUAUGAGGAUCGAGGAUCGAGAGUUGAAGCAGUUGCGGGGUAAAGAGAUCGCCUUGGUG